CCCCUUCACCCCACCCCACCCCCACCCCCAACACACGCAUUCACAAACCCAUGUACGGACACAUGCACUACAAAUACAAAAGCCCACUAACUAAUAAGGGAAACAAGUUCAUGUUCGUAGUGGUAUAGUAGUAGAAGUAGAACAGGAAAAGUUGUACAAACUUUGGAAAAAUCAAGAAUUAUGGACGGAUCUGAAAGAGGGUUAGCCAACUUUGAUAUUCAAGUUUCUUCCUUUUCAAACCCCAUACAUGAUCAUAUGGGCUUUUCACAUUAUCAAGAUCACAACCAUCAUCCCCAUGAUCAUCAUCAGGGCCAGUUUCUGAGGUUUCUACCUCAACCUCUAUCUCUUCCACACUUAUCUCAACCGCCUCUCCACACCGCCACCUCCUCAUCCUCCGCCGCAGCUGCCGGUUUCACCGCCGAAACAUCCACCGUUCAUAGAGAUUCUUGGCAAAAAGAACAGGUCGGAAGCAUGGAUCCAAAAGCUGUUAGUGAAGAAAAAUGCACGGAUGAUCACAAUUCAUGGUGGAGGAGCUCAUCAAACCCUGAAAAGGGUAGGAUGAAAAUGAGAAGGAAGCUGAGAGAACCAAGAUUCUGCUUUCAGACAAGGAGUGAUGUUGAUGUUCUUGAUGAUGGUUACAAAUGGAGGAAAUAUGGUCAGAAAGUUGUCAAAAAUAGCCUUCAUCCCAGCAGGAGCUACUAUCGCUGUACACACAGUAAUUGCCGUGUGAAGAAGAGGGUAGAGAGAUUAUCCGAGGACUGUAGAAUGGUAAUCACAACAUAUGAAGGUCGACACAAUCACUCUCCUUGUGAUGACUCAAAUUCAUCAGAACAUGAAUGUUUUACUUCAUUUUAAUACAUAAGCUCAACUUUGUGUUCCACUCAAGACAACGAUCGAUGAAGUACUCCGUGUUUAUGUACAAGUUACUUAUUAUCAAUCUCCAUCUUCUUUGGUUUAAAGAUUGAGUAUUUAUUUGUGUAGUAGCUUAUUUUGAUCGGUUGAUCGUCUUGCAGGAGUUGAUAUUCUAUAAGUUUAAGACCAUUACCAUCUUUGUAAAUUGUAAUCUUACGCCUCUAGCAGCUUGCUAGCUAGUGUGUCUCGUUUGAUGAA